AUGCAGCCACUUGAGAUUGUAAGCUCUUCUUCUUCGGAUUCAAGUCGAUCAUCUUCAUCAUCACCAACAUUGAGUCCAAGUUCUUGUUUGUCUUGCAGACAAUUACAUCGGAAAUGUUCAAAAACUUUACCAUCAUGUCAGUAUUGUAUUAGGAGAGGAUAUCAAUGCGUUUAUGAAUCAUCAUCAUCAUCGGGAAGAAGAAAGCCUUCUCAAUCAUCAUCACAAUAUAACAAGGAAAUUGUUUUUAUUGCCAAUGAAUACUCUUCUCAGAGGAAGAGGUCAAAAGGAGGUUCAACAACAACAACAAGUGGUAAUAACUACCACUCCAAAACGACUCAACAUUCCUAUCAUCCCUAUACUCCUUGCUCUUUAAUUGCCAACACUGAGAAUUCAAGUCUUCAUGAAGUAGAUCAACAAUCAUCGUUCCAUUCCGCAACAAAUAAUCCUAUCCAACAGCACAACGGAAACAAAACAAAUUGUACAAUCAUCUCCCCUAAUGAAAUUCAUAUACAGCGUCAAAUGAACUAUCGCUUUUCAGCAAUCCAAACGUUGGAUAUUUAUUACAAAGUUACUGCAUUGGGAUAUCCAGUGUAUGAUCGAAUCAAGUUAGAGCAAGCACUUAAUUUUCAACUCAACGAACAGUUUUUCUUUCAAACUCAGCCCUAUCAAGUAUCAUGUGAAUUGGAAAAAGAUGUUGCUGUGUUACAAACUUUGCAAGCCGUGUGUUUGCAACAAAUGGGAAUUCUUCACGAAAUUGCAGAUCAAUUAUUUAUGAAUGGAAAGCAAAUAAUUGGAAAAUAUUAUGAUGAAGUGGAUUCAAUCAGUGUGCUGGUCGCAAUGAAUUUUAUGGCUGAUUACAUGUUAGGAAAUGGAGAGAAAGCUAAAUCGAGGGCCAUGUAUAUGACGGUUCGGGCUAAACUUGAACCAUACAUUAAGGAGUGUCAACGUCUCUUUUCUAAUAUGUUUUCAUCGACAAAGGCCCAUGACCUUAAUAAUACCAUGAAAUUACCAACUAUGAAUCGUCAAUUUUUUUCUGCUUUCCUCUUAGAUUCUCAAACAAAAUUUCAUGAAUUAUAUUUUAUUGAGGAAUUGAAUCCGGAAACAUUUAUUUUUGACGAAUUGGAGAUGACAUCCAUGUUCAAAAAUCUGCAAACAUCAAAAUUGAAUACCAAAUCGUGUAAAUCUCUUUCAGAAGAGACGUACCAUCAGUUGAUGAUCAUUCUGGAGACGUUUGUUGCAGUGACAGAUCUAAUCAUGACGGCUAGUCGGAACAAACACAAUUUAAUAUUUUUAGUUUCAUCUCUAAUUGCAAAGCAGCUACAUUUGGAAAUUUUAAUGAAUUGUGCAAAGAAAAAUGUGAGAGAAUUGUUGAGAGUGUCUAGAGAAGUUAUUGAACUCACCAAACAUGAAUUGUUUAAUUAUCUACCUUGUUGUGCAACAAAGGCAAUUGUAAUGGCUUGUUCAGUUCGAGUGAAUUAUUUUGCACAACUUUCUCCAUAUGGCAACAUGAAUGAUGAUUUACGUGCAUUGAAAUUACUUGCAAACAAAUAUCGACUUGUACAACAUGAACACUCUCAAUUAAUCAAAGCUGUUGAAGCUCUCACUUAUUUGCAACAACAAGCUACAAAUAAUGAAACGGUCAUUUCUAAUUUUCUUUCAUUGGCCAAUGAUAACAACAAUGAAUUAAUUCAAUAUCGUAAUGGAAUGUUUGAUGGUGCUGAAGAUUGCAAUAUUAAUGCUGCAUCAUCAUCGGAGCAAGAAGACGAAUCGUCAAUGUACAAUACAUCUAUUUCUCCUGAUGAAACUGUGGAUGUGACUUCAGUAUUUGAAAAAUUUCGAGCCAACAAAGAAACUUUGUCUCAACUCAUUUCAGGUGUUGAUUUGAUGGAGAUCAUAUUUGAGAGCUUGUUGGAGGAGCAACGCAUUAAACAAUCCAAGCCACUUUCUUUGGAGUUGAUAAGUGAAGUGAAACAGGUCAAACUUGAUUUUAUUACUAAAUUGAAAAAGAUGGCACAUCAAAGGAAUGAUAUUGGAGGCUUGAUAGAGACAGAAAUUUUAAGGAUGCAAACACUCGCUGAAUAUCAUUUCGAGAAGAUGAAAUUAGAAAAGCCUGAGCAAAAUCUUGAGUGUCUUGACGCGAACGAUAUUUCAAUUGUUUUUCGAUUCGACGAACUUAACAUUGAUGAAUGA